GACCAUUUGCGCAAGUUUGUCUGACGUCCGCCGCCGCCGGUCAGUCUCUUCUCGCGUUUCUUCCAUUGCCGCGUCCUCGCUUGUGAGCCGUCAGCGUCGUCGGCACGUGUGCGCCGCAUUUGUGACGUCACGCGCCAAGGGGAAACGGUCCACUACUACGUCGAGGAGCCCUGGGCGGCGAGCAUGGCCUUUCCCAAGCAUUCCAUCCCGCGGACCGCUAGCGUUCUGCUGUUCCUGGCCGGACUUCUGGUUUUGGGCCAGAUCCCAGCGGGGGCGCGGGGGGAGGAGCCCGAUAUCGCCGUGGCCAAGUCGGACCCCGGCGAAUGCCCGGCGGACUGCAGCUGCACGACCGAGGGGGCGGUGGACUGCGGCGGAGUGGAUCUCACCGAGUUCCCGACGGGGCUGCCGGCGACCACUCGCCAGCUGGCGCUACAGAACAACAAAAUCGAGGAGAUACGCGUGGAGCACCUGUCGCACCUGCACCUGCUCGAGACUCUCAACCUGCAGAACAACUGGCUCACCACCGACGGGAUGGAAGAUGAAGGUUUUGAGAUGUUAGAAGAACUGGCUUAUUUGUACCUGGCCAACAAUCAGCUCACCUCGGCACCCAAAGCCUUGCCGCCUUCGUUGGUCAGCGCUGACUUUGCCGCCAAUCAGCUUACUAAGAUCUUCCCGUACACGUUUGGCUAUAAACCAAACCUGAAGUCUGUCUAUCUCCACAACAACAAGCUGACAGAUGGCGGGCUUCCCAAUCACAUGUUCAAUGAUUCUGACAACCUGGAGAUCCUCACCAUGUCCAGCAACUUCCUGCGGACUGUCCCCAAGAACCUACCCCCAAGCUUGUACCGUCUUCACCUGAAGAGCAACAAGCUGGAGGAAAUCCCAGCCGGAGCCUUUGACAGCUUGCAGAACCUACGGGAACUUUACCUGCAGAACAACCUCCUGAGCAACGAGGGCAUGGACAAUGAGACCUUCGGCCAACUGAACAGCUUGGAGUGCUUGGACUUAUCCAACAACAACCUAAGCAUGGUGCCCAAAGGUUUGCCUCGCAACCUUGUGCUGCUGCACCUGGAGAAGAACUCCAUCCAGAGCAUCCCCGCAGACGCUCUCAUUUCUGUGCGCAAUCUGGAGUACCUUCUGCUGCACAACAACAAGCUGCGCUCGCGCUUCAUCCACCCGGCUGCCUUCCAGGGCCUGAAGAAGCUACACACGCUUCACAUGUACAACAACCAGCUGGAGCGCGUUCCCAGGGGUCUUCCUCGGCGGGCCAAGACCCUCGUGCUGCUCCACAACUCCAUCUCGGAAAUCGGCCGCAACGACCUGGCGCUGCUCUACACGCUGACCGAGCUCAACCUCAGCUACAACCAGCUGAGUAACACCAAGCUGCACCGCGAAGCCUUCCGGAAGCUGCGCCUGCUGGAGACUCUGCACCUGUCGGGCAACGCGCUGCGCUCGCUGCCCGUCGGCCUCCCCCGCAGCCUGAAGGUGUUGGAGGUGAAGAACAACCAGCUCGGCUCCAUACCGGACGGAGCUUUGACGGGCAUGGACAAGCUGCAGAAGCUCAUCCUCAGUGAGAACCAGCUCAGGCUCAACUCCGUCUACCAGGGGGCCUGGAUGGAGCUCAGUGCGCUCACAACGUUGGACCUGUCCAACAACCAGCUGUCGCAUGUCCCGUCCGACCUGCCCGAGUCCCUGGAGUACCUUUACCUGCAGAGGAACCGCAUCGCCAGCAUUCCCGCCUCCGCCUUUGAAGGCACCCCCAACAUCAAAGGAAUAUUCCUGCGGUUCAACCGUCUGUUGGCGUCGGCGGUGGACGAGAGCUCGCUGGCUCACCUCAGCCAGCUGCAGGUGCUCGACAUCGGCGGCGGCGGCGCGGGAGCAGCGGGCGCGGACGCUGGCGAGGAGGACGAGGAGUCAAAGUGACUUCGGAGGACACAAGCGGCGAGCGUUCCUGAGACAUUCCUGGUGCGGGAUACCGGAUGAAAAGUUAGCUUGGGCUGGUUUUUAUAGUGCUGUAUAAAUAGAUACAUCCAGAUAUGGUGCCUAUCGCAUAGCUCAACAUCAUUUGUUUGCUUUUGCCUGCCAGCAUAUAAACAACACGUCAACGUACCCACGUUACUUCCGUCUUUGCACGCGCGACGUCCACACCGUCACGCAAUAUUACGAGCAAGUGAGCGGCUACAUCGUUACAAGUACAGCGGGGGCGCCGUCAUGGCGGCCACCCCAAUGAAUUUGUUGGCCGCACCUACUCGCCAGUCAGUCACAUAGAUCCUACCGUCAGUUAUAUUACACGGCGGCAAAUUAAAAAAAAAAAAAAAAAAGGUUCAAUUCAUUCAAAUAAAUUUUUCUUUUUCUUUUUUUUUAAUUGGUGAUUUAUCCAGGCUUAUUCAAGAAUUGUUUGGGUUAAAAAAAAAAAUAAAAAAAAAACGAUCCAAUAAUCCGUGGAUUUUCAGUGUUUACAGUUCGGCCCGGUCCCCCCCCCCAAAAAAAACACAAUUUUUGGAUGCCUUUUUUUCCCCACAAAGAACACUAGCAGUUUUGUAUAAAAUAAAUAAAGGAAAAUAUGAAGAAAUAAAGUGGUUUUAUAACGUGCAA